AUGGUCAAAAUGGACUUAUUUGAUAAAUUCAAGAUCUGGGCUUUGUUUAUCUGCUUGAUAGCUCAACUGGGUCAUGGCUUUUACCUUCCGGGUAGCUACCCUCACAAAUAUGGUAUUGGUGAUGUCUUGUCUGUGAAAGUGAAUUCCCUGACUUCAAUUGAUACUGAAAUUCCCUUUAGCUACUAUAGCUUACCCUUUUGCCAGCCCCAAGAGGGUGUUAAGGACAGUGCCGAAAACCUCGGUGAGCUCCUUAUGGGUGAUAGGAUUGAGAAUUCUCCUUACAGAUUUAAGAUGUACACCAAUGAGACGGAGAUCUUUCUCUGUCAAACAAAGCCAUUGUCCGGUGAAGAGUUUAAGGUAUUGAAAAAGAGGAUUGAUGAAAUGUAUCAGGUUAAUUUGAUUCUUGAUAAUUUACCCGCCAUUCGGUAUACUAGGAAGGAGGGUUUUUUCUUGCGGUGGACGGGGUAUCCUGUGGGAAUUAAGGUUCAAGAUGUGUAUUAUCUGUUUAAUCACUUGAAAUUUAAUGUUCUUGUUCAUAAGUAUGAGGAUACAAAUGCGGCUCGUGUGAUGGGUACUGGAGAUGGGGCCGAGGUGAUCCCUAUGGUUGGGAAGUCGGGAUCAGAAAAGCCUGGAUACAUGGUUGUUGGUUUGAGGUGGUCCCUUGUAGUAUUCAACACACUGCUGAGUCAUUGA